UCGCUGUGGCAGCCAAUGGCGUGCCCGAUCGGAGAGGCGCUGCAACAGCUCCUGCUGCCGCCAGGGGAGGGGGGUGGAGGCGACCCCGGGUCUGGCAGGGGAGGGGGGGAUUGGGCCUGGCUGGGCCCAGCCGGAGCCUCCUGCCGCCUGGAGCGACCGAGCGGGGAGAGCGCCCCCUCCCCGCGGGCCCAGCCCACCCGGCCCCGCCUGGCCAUGGGCAACGCGGCCACGGCCAAGAAGGGCGGCGAGAUCGAGAGCGUGAAAGAGUUUCUAGCCAGAGCCAAAGAAGAGUUUCUCAAGAAAUGGGAAAGCCCAUCACAGAACACGUCCACCCUGGAGCACUUCGAGCGAAUGAAGACCCUGGGUACAGGCUCAUUUGGGCGGGUGAUGCUUGUGAAGCACAAGGAUACUGGCAAUUACUUUGCCAUGAAGAUCCUUGACAAGCAAAAAGUUGUCAAACUGAAACAGAUUGAGCACACCCUCAAUGAAAAGCGCAUACUCCAGGCUGUGAACUUCCCAUUCCUUGUCAAGCUAGAGUAUUCUUUCAAGGAUAACUCGAAUCUGUACAUGGUGAUGGAAUACAUUGCAGGUGGUGAGAUGUUCUCCCACCUACGACGGAUUGGCAGGUUCAGUGAACCUCAUGCCCGGUUCUACGCCGCUCAGAUUGUGCUGACUUUUGAGUACUUGCACUCGCUAGAUCUCAUCUACCGAGACUUGAAGCCCGAGAACCUCCUCAUUGACCAGCAGGGCUACAUUGAGGUGACAGAUUUUGGCUUUGCCAAACGAGUGAAAGGUCGAACAUGGACCCUUUGUGGAACUCCGGAAUACUUGGCUCCUGAAAUAAUUCUGAGUAAGGGUUAUAACAAAGCUGUGGACUGGUGGGCCCUGGGUGUCCUAAUCUACGAGAUGGCAGCUGGGUAUCCUCCAUUCUUUGCAGAUCAGCCAAUUCAGAUCUAUGAGAAGAUUGUCUCUGGGAAGGUUCGUUUCCCAUCUCACUUCAGCUCAGACCUGAAGGACCUGUUGCGUAACUUGCUCCAGGUGGACCUCACCAAACGCUUUGGCAACCUGAAAAAUGGAGUCAACGACAUCAAGAACCACAAGUGGUUUUCUACCACCGAUUGGAUUGCCAUCUACCAGCGGAAGGUGGAAGCUCCCUUUAUACCAAAGUGCAAAGGAGCUGGCGAUACAAGUAACUUUGAUGACUACGAGGAGGAGGAGAUCCGGGUGUCCAUCACCGAGAAGUGCGCCAAGGAAUUUGCAGAUUUUUAGGGCCAGCCCCCUUUGCAGGCCACUUGCUUUGUGUGUCCAGGAAAAGGAAGGGCUGGAUUUGAUCAGCCCCAAGGGCCAGAGUUCCUUGCCUAUUUGUUAAUUUUGAGAAGUGGGAGGCUGUUGGGGUUCACCUGGAUCUGUUUGGGCAGAAAAGAGAAAUGGGAAGCUCAUUUUGAAGCUGUGGGAAAGGCAGUAGUCCUGAGUGCUACCUACCUGCCUCCCACCACAGGCUACAAGGUGGCUCCCAGCCACUCUCAGGCAGGUUUUAAACAAAUUCCCUUCCUCCUCACACUGACUUGAGUCCAUACACCAACCCUAAUCAGACAGUCCCUAGUUUAUUGGUGGCUUCAUAUAAUUUUUUUUUAAGGAAAGGGGAUAUUUUGCCAUUUAUCACCAACUAUAAAGGUUUGUUUCAAGGGGCAUUGUAAGAAUUUCAAGGGAAGGAGGGAAGAGGAAGUAAACACAUCCACGUAGCACUUUGGUGUUCAGGCUGGCACUAAGUGGGUUAAUAGCCCAACCUUGUCACAUCCCUGGUGGGGGAUGGCCUUGUCAUUUUAUCAAUAUAAUUUUUCCAGGCUCCUUUUAUUAACUUUAAAGAAAUAGUUGACUGGCUUUAAAAAAAAGUUUUAACAAUCUAGGGAGGGACUUUUAUAUGCUCUGUCCCAGCACAAUUAAAUGAAAUUCAGCAGGAAUUUUAACUCUGUAAAACAACUGAGUUUUAGCAUGAAGGAUUUGUUCUGUUGGAUAGAAACACUUUAUUUCCGAUCUUUGGACCCUGUUUUAGGAAAAGGGGGGACAUAAUCUCACCUGUGAGAGGGGGACAGUGAGCAGUUGACAGGCAGUUCAGGAAUACUAAAAUUGAACUUUCAUCUGAUUUUUGUUCUAAAUGCACUCCCCUCCUCUUCUCCUUCCCCCAUCCCAAAUGCCUUCCAGAUCAGCCCUGCUGCAUCUGGCAUCUCCUGUAGCAUCUGCUUGAAUGGAGAAGACACAAGCAGGAUCUAGUCCAUCCUGUUUGAACAUAACCUACUAUCUAGCUCAUGGCCAUUGUCAGUCCUCAGUUCUGAGUGGGUUCAUCCCCUGUGCUAACAGUCAGGAUGGAGCAAGAUACAUGAAAAGCUUGAGAGCUGUAGGUGAAACGCAAAGGGUGUAUACAAUCCAAUCUGCUCAGCCCAGACAGCAGCCUCUGUUCAGUAAUACAAGGAUCAUCCAGUCUAUUGGUAAAAACUCCAUUACUCCAGUUCUUUGGGGGAGGGGAAGGCUCCGUCCACCUGCUCUGUUUUUUAUGCUCAAAUGACAAGGGGUGAGGGUUGUCCUAGCCUUGGUACAAAGGAGGUUCAGGAACAAAAUGUUGGAAAGACCCAUCUACUCGGGGCAAGCCAGUGCAAUGCUGUCAAGGGUGGUAUCCCAUUGGAAUGAGAAUUGGAAUCUGUUUAGAGUCUUCCUUCUGAGAGACAUGGAUGUGCUGGGAGCUCUGGGUGCUGGGUGGGGUGGGGGUGGGGCGGGGGGGGGGUAACUUGUUUCCUCCAUUGAUUUGUUCUGACUUCUCUGCCUCUCCCUCGUUCCAAGCAAUGCCUCUUUGUGUUCUGUCUUUCACCUAUCCCACCCCAAACACACAUGCUUUCUGUACUCACCAGUUUAGUUUUCUUCUGUUCUUUCCAUGGCUGGGGAGCAGAGCUUCUUUAGAUUGGUAGAUGAAUUAUUUCACGCAUACAGAAGCGCUGUUGGGAGCAGACGAGCUUUGCUUGUCCCUUCUGCUCCUUCCCAUCCUCUUCCCACCAUGAAGCUCAUGAUCCUUUCUGUGUUGGGACGGGGAGAAGGGGAGAUAAAUCCUCACUUGCUCCUUGCCUUGGGAGGAAAAAAGAACACUUCUAUGUAAUCCAACAAAACUUGUUUAAAACAAUCCCUACUUCCUCUUUAAAAGUGUGCUUUGUUGUAAACAUAUUUGAAACUAUUACCAAUAAAGUUUUGUUUAAAAAAAGUUCCCUUCCCUUCCUGCAAAAUGGGCUAAGGUAAGGGUGGGGUGGGGAGAACCCACAGAGCAGUUGGAGUCCAAAACACAUUGGAAUGAGAGAUGCUAAAGAAUUACACUGGAUAACAAGAGAGUGGAUAUAAUUCCCAGAAGGAUGUUGGUCCAGUCCCAUGAUGAUAUUACAUGAUAAACAUUGGCACAGCCUCCCUGGGGUAGGAUAUCUUACCUAACAUUUGCAAAUUGAUGUGUAUAUACCAUGUUGCCUCCCUGUCAACUUCAGGCUUGACAGCCAAUUGAAAGUAUUUUCAUCACUAACCAUUAUUAAAUCCCAAUAUAAACAAG